AUGUUCAGAUCUGUUUCUGCCGGCGGAGCCAAGAGGGUCCCGGUGACCCAGAGCGGUCAGAAGCCCGUGUCGACGCGUGUUCUCGGCACGGCUCCGGGGCCGCAGCGCGUUCAGCGUCCCGUGAAUCAGCAGAAACCCCUCGGACUCCCAGUUUCUGUGAAAACCAUGUGUCCAGGAGAUCAGGACGGCAAUCCAGAUCAACUCCGAACAGCAACACACACCAAACCACAGCCGAAGUCGCUUGCUGUAGCUGAGCCUGCGAGAAGUUCUGUACCCAGCAAACCGGACAGACCUCCGCAAUCUCCUUCCACUGGAACAUCCAAUAUAGCCAAGAAAGCGUGGAGUUUAGAGAAUUUCGACAUUGGCCGAGCUCUGGGCAAAGGCAAGUUUGGGAGCGUGUAUCUGGCCCGGGAACGUCAGACCAAGUUCAUCCUGGCGCUCAAGGUUCUCUUCAAAAAGCAGCUGGAGAAAGCCGGAGUGGAGCACCAGCUGCGGAGGGAGGUGGAGAUCCAGUCACAUCUCAGACACCCUAAUAUCCUGCGUCUCUACGGAUAUUUCCACGACACGGCGCGCGUUUAUCUCAUCCUGGAGUUUGCUCCUAAAGGAGAGCUGUAUGGAGAGCUCCAGCGCUGCGGGACCUUCGACGACCAGAGAAGUGCCACGUAUAUAAUGGAGCUCGCAGACGCUCUGAGCUACUGUCACUCCAAGAACGUGAUUCACAGAGACAUCAAACCUGAAAAUCUGCUUCUGGGGUCCAAUGGAGAGCUGAAGAUCGCAGACUUUGGCUGGUCUGUCCACACACCCUCCUCCAGGAGGUCGACGCUGUGUGGUACCCUGGACUACCUUCCUCCAGAGAUGAUUGAGGGCAAAACGCACGAUGAGAAGGUGGAUCUGUGGAGUCUCGGAGUGCUCUGCUAUGAGUUUCUGGUCGGCCGUCCACCUUUUGAAACCAAGAGCCAUGAGGAGACGUACCGCAAGAUUUCUAGAGUGAGUGAAAUAUUCAGAAACUCCUACGAGCUUUGCACGGGUGAUCAGCAAUGA